AUGGUUUUCCUUGUCAAAGCCCUUCGAACGGGUCUUGGUUUUGCCUCAGAAGCAAUCCAUGCGGCCAGAGAUCGACCCUUGUCGAACGAUCAACCUAAAUCCAUCCCUCCCAACGAUUCCUCGUUAGAAAAUUUCGAGAACUCCAACUCUGCCAAGCAAGUUGCCACAGACAGGACUUUUCCGCCGUGCUCAUUAAAGCAUCCAGAGCAUGACACCGUCCCUCAGAGGCAGACACUCACGGCUGAUGUCGAAUCAGACUCUUGGUCACAUCAUAUGACUGAUGCCAACCUGGACGAGGUGUCGUGGCAAAUUGAUGAUAUGAUCGAGUCGUUGAGAAGACCGAAUUCUGGCGAAGACCUGUAUGCGCUUUCAUAUGACGAUACUCUGACCAGUUCAUACGAUGAGACGGAGGACGAAGAGGAAAGAAAGGUCAAGCAGAGGGAAGCAUUGGCUCGUCAGUUGGUUGAGAUGGCGGGGCCCCCUCCCGGAAUUCUAACACGACUUCCAUGUCCUGUUGUUAUUCCUCAGCGCCGUCCUAGAAACAAAGACCGCGGAUUCGUACGUGCAUAUGCCCCCAUUCUCCGGGACUGCGGUAUCGACCAAGAAGUCUUCUUACAAUUCCUGGAAUACCUGGAUGUCGUUAAUCAUGCCUCUAAAUGGAUUGAAGUAAUUUUCAUCGCCGCUCAAAUCACAUCAUCUCUGCCAUUCCCCGCCGCUAUGGCUGUAGGCAUGGUUCUCUCUGUGGUUGCCGGCACUGCUCGCGAACUACAAAAGCGAACUCGUGCAAAUACCUUUCUUGAGAUGGUCAACCGUGAUUUGUUCAUGCCUCGCGGGCUAUUUGUCAUGGUGAUCGCGUUCAAACCAGAUGAUGAUGCAAAUCAGGGACCACUGGGCAAAGCCACCAGCUCGCUCAAGAAAAGCAUCUAUAAAAAGGACAAAGUAGACCUGAAUCAGGCAGCGAUCAAAUGGAGCAAUCCUGAUGUCAACAAGUCGAACUUUGGAAAGAAACUUAACAAUAUCCGAGUGGAGAGCGGCGAGACAACUUCGGAGCUCGAAUUGCCGGAAACUGCGAGCCUAAUCUACCCACAGUUGGAUCGUAUUGCCGCAGGGGGAUACACAGAAGAGCAAUCACAAGGGAUUUCUGAAAAGUUUAAAGACGCCGGAGAGUGGGUCAACGACUAUAUGGAUAGAAGGGCGAUGGUGUUUUACGAAGCAAAACACCCUGGGUCGCCAAUGGUCAUACCUUCUGAGCAGCGAAAACCAAUGAAAUCUCGCUUUAAUGAUCCAGAUCAUCCCGUGAAUAGCGGGUCGAUGAUUUCUCUCGUCACUGGCGGUCUUAUUCCUCUGCCAGGUCCUAGCAAGUUACUUGCCAAGAGGAAUGAAGCCCUAGGGAUCAAUCGUCUUUUUGGCAAACCAGCGGAUUCGCAAGAUGGCCGACUAGUCCCUAGCACAGGAAAACAUCAGCUCAAGAAAGUCUUUUUGAAGGACGUCUUAUACCUUGCGGUUGUCAACCUGCCUACAGAAGAAGAGGCCGAGAAAUCAAAGGCUCAAUUGGAAAGCAUUGUACAGUAG